AUGUUCUCGAGACAGGCUGUUCGUUCCCUCCGCGCGGCGGCUCCCGCGUCGCGCCUCGUCGCCUCCGCCCGCGUCCCGGCCGUCCGUACCUACGCCGCUGCUGCUUCCUCGGCUGCUUCCGACAACGUCAAGCCCCCCGUCGCCGUUUUUGGCCUUGACGGCACCUACGCCACUGCCCUGUACACCGCGGCGACCAAAUCCUCCUCGCUCGACCCCACGGCCAAGGCUCUCUCGACCCUCGAGGCCAUCUUCGCCAAGGACCCCAAGCUGGCCACCGUCCUGGCCGCGCCCACUCUGACCCCCGAGGACAAGGACGCCAUCGUCGCCGAGCUCACCAAGCAGGCCGGCGCCACUUCCCAGCAGACCGUCAAGAACUUCCUUGCCGCCCUCGCUGAGAACAACCGCCUUGGUCUCCUCCCCGGUAUCACGCAGAAGUUCGCCGAGAUCAUGAGCGCCGCCCGCGGUGAGGUCGAGCUCGUCGUCACCAGCGCCACGCAACUCGACAACAGGACCCUUAACCGCCUCGAGAGUGCCAUCUCCAAGUCCGCCUACGCCGGCGCUGGCAAGAAGCUCAAGGUCACCAACCAGGUCAACCCCGACAUCAUUGGAGGUCUCAUCGUCGAGAUCGGCGACCGGACCAUCGACCUCAGCGUCUCCGCCAAGAUCGCUAAGCUUAACAAGCUCCUCACCGACACUUUGUAA